UAAUUUUAGAAUAUAUUUAAAAAAUUUGAAUGGUAGCAAAAGGUAAAUAAUCAAAAGGAGCCCCUAUAAUUCCAUGGCACACUACAACCAAGUACUGACGGGAAAAGUCAAGAGGGAAGUACUUUCUUGGUAGCUGCAGUGUCCAAAUCACUUGCUCCCAGCUCCUUGUUUAUAAUGUAUAGUUCAUCCUCAUCUUCCACUCCUCAAUCCCUAAAACAUCUACUUCAAGAGCUUCUUUGAUUGCAGUAUUUUCUCUAGUUAAAUUUGAGAUUAAUUAUUUUGGAGCAGCUCCCUCUUCAAUCUCCUUUUUGGAUCUGUGGUUCAAUUCAGAGGAAGUGCCUAUGGCGGAGGCUGUGCUAAGCUCAUUACUCUUGAAUAUCGGUGCUGCCUUAGCUAGUGAAGCAACUAAAUCAGUAACAUCUCUAUUACUAACACGGAUAUCAGCAAUGAAAGAACUCAUGGAGGAUAUAAGUGACAUUAAGGGUGAGCUUGAGAGCAUGCUAUCCUUCCUACGGAUCGCAGAAAGAUUAAAACAGAAGGAUGAGAGCACAAAAACCUUCAUAAAACAAACAAGAGACUUGGCUUUCAACAUUGAGGAUAUUAUAGAUGAGUUCACAUACAAGCUCAAUGAAGAGCAAGGAGGGGUUCUGCCUAAAACAGCCAAGAGGUGCAGAAAUAUAACAACUUGGCCUCGCCUUAGAAAGAGGCUUAAUGAGAUCAAAAUUAAGCUCCGAAACAUUAAGGAAAGAAGGGAGCGAUAUGAUACGAGCAGAAUAGAAAAUGAAGCAAGACCUUUAAUAACUGCUGACGGUAGCAAGAGCCCUGUAGAAUUAGCACAUUUCGUUGAGGGGAUUGAUAUUGUGGGUAUUGACAAGUACAGGGACUUGUUGCUCGGAUGGUUAAAAAUUGAGGAUGAGCAGCAACGGCAGCACGUGAUAAUCUCAGUGUUCGGGAUGGGUGGUCUAGGGAAGACAACUCUCGUGACCUAUGUGUACAAUAUCAUCAAAGCUUCCUUUGAUACUUGUGCCUGGGUUGCUGUAUCUCAAAGUUAUGAGACUCGUGAUUUGCUUAGACAGAUCUUAAAAGAGUUUUGUAGGGAAGAUAGUGAAAAAAGAGAAGUACCUAACAACAUUGAUACCAUGGAUUAUAGAAGCUUGGUUGAGACUAUCCGCACUUACUUGCAGUGUAAAAAGUAUGUACUCAUUCUGGAUGAUGUUUGGAGUACUGAUGUACUGGACAAUAUAAAGAAUGCACUUCUGAAUAGUAAUUGCAAGAGUAGAAUAGUUCUCACAACAAGGAAUCAUGAAGUAGCACUAUUGGCUAACGAGCACCGUAUAUUUGAGCUAAAGCCACUAGAGGUGGAUCAUUCGUGGUAUCUAUUUUGUAAAAACGCAUUUUGGAAAUGUGCAAACAAGAUUUGCCCACCGCCUUUAGAACAAUGUGCUAAAAAAAUCGUCGAGAAGUGCAGUGGCUUGCCCCUUGCUAUCGUAUCUAUAGCCCGUCUCUUAUCAUUUCGAGAACAAACCGGUUCUGAAUGGGAGAAGGUUUACAAAGAUCUUGAGUGGUAUCUAACUAACAACGAAUCAAAACUCCAUGAAAAAGUACAUGACAUUUUGAAACUUAGUUUGGAGGAUCUUCCCCAUUACCUUCGAAAUUGCUUCUUAUAUUGUUCUUGUUUUCCCGAAGAUUAUCAAAUUGAAAGUGACAGGCUCAUAAAGCUUUGGGUGGCUGAAGGGUUCAUUGAAGAAAGAGAGAGAACGAUGGAGGAAGUGGCCGAGGACUACCUUAACGAACUUGUUAAUCGGUGUCUACUACAAGUGGCAUAUAGGGAUGAAGUCGGUAGAGUUUGUGCAUGUCGAAUGCAUGACAUCAUUCGAGUCCUCGCUCUUUUCGAGUCAAAGGAGUUAAGUUUCUGCAUAGUUUAUGAGCAUUCAAGGACAAUAUUGCAAAGAUACAAAGCACGCCGCUUGUCAAUCCUAAGCAGUAUAACUAAUUAUUGUACUGAAGACAAAUCUCAUUUGCGUUCAGUACUUGUUUUCAACAAUUCCAUGAGCUAUGAAUUACUGAAGUCGGUCUUAAGAUCAUCAAAAUUUUUACGUGUCUUGGAACUACAAGGAGCGCCAAUUGAGAAACUACCGAGUGAGAUCUGUAACCUAUUCAACCUGCAUUAUCUUGGCUUGAGAGCAACAAAAAUUAAGGAACUUCCAAGAUCAAUCGGGAAGCUACAAAAUCUGCAAAUAUUAGAUACACGUGAAAGUGAAAUACAAAAGCUGCCAAAGGAAAUAACAGAGCUCCAAAAGUUGAAACACCUAGUUUUAUCAGAAUAUAUUGGUCGGAGCAUCGAGGGACCCUUGGGAAUAAGGCGCCUGAAGGGCUUGCAGACUUUAAUAUGUAUUAAAGCAACUACGGAGAAAAAGCUGUCGACAAGCCCCACAGCAGACAACGCAGGGUUCUCAAUUGUGCGGAAUGUAGAAGCUUUGACUGCGUUGCGGACAUUUGGGAUAACCGAUGUAAGAACCCAUCACAAUAUAGACUUGUGGAACAGUAUCACAAAGAUGAACCAUCUUAGCUAUUUAUUUGUCGAAAGUGAACGUGGGCAAGAAUUACAGCAGUUGGGCACUCUACACCUACCUCUACCAAUUCAAGAAUUACAUCUAAUGGGUAAAUUAGACAAAACCUCACUCCUUAAGCUUGCCGCGUCCUUUGGGUCUCUAACAAACCUAACUAGAUUAACACUCUCAGCGGCAAAAUUGGAUGAAGAUACAUUUCCUUACCUGCAAGCGCUGCCCGUGUUGAUGCUUCUUAAGCUUUUUGGUGCAUAUGAUGGCACAAAGUUGCACUUCCAAGCAACAUCAUUUCCGAAGCUAAAGGAAUUGUUAAUAUCAGAUGCCCCAAAUCUCAGUCAGAUCAAAAUAGAAAGAGGAGCAAUGCAAAGCCUGAAUAAGCUAUCCCUAUUCCGUUGCCUAGAGCUAAAGGCGCUGCCCUACGGCAUCGAGUACCUUACUACGCUUCAGGAUUUACGCAUUACCCAUCUGGCAGAGGAACUUGUUGAGAGGCUUCUAGGAGGAGGAGAAGGCGACUGCUGCACAAGGGUUCGCCACAUCUCGAAUUUUACUCUUGAGACGGCAAGUAUGUCAAAGAAACACUACAAAAUAAUUAGGUUUCAGUGAUUCCACAUCAUGUAGGUGAAUUUGGGCGCCUUUUGCAAAGCACUGACCGAGCUUGAUGCUUUCAUAUUUUCCGCCUUAGAUCUUCUAAAUAAUUCGUGCUUGAGAAAAAUUGAAAAGGCUGAAUAACAGAAAACCUCCUUAUCAAUACCUGCUUUUUCACUUUUUUCGUCUGUCAUUUAAAAAUCUACACUUUGCCCUCUUGAAAAAUGAGAAAUGUUCACUUUGGCUCCUCGCCGUCAGUAUUCCGUUAGGGUUUCGUUUAUAUUCUAUUAUUAUAUAUUUUUUAUACCUAAAAUAUCCUCUCCUCCCUAUCGUCUCCUUCCUCGCCGCCCACGCCGCCUCGCCCUACACCACCGCCUCGCCGUCCUUCGCCGCCUCGCCCUUGCCCACCCCUUUAUCCGCGCCAACACACAUGCUCUUGGGCUCCUUCGCUGUCUCGCCCUCGCCCUCGCACACCUCUCCGUCCAUGCCCAUCCCGAUCUCUUCCCUAUCGUCGCCGAAAUGGAGGAGCGACGUGAGUGCAGGAAGAGCGGGGGAGCAGGUGGAGGAAAAUGGAGUCGGAGCUACGGUUGAGCGAGGCGCGAAGAACGAAAGAGGAAGGGCGACGGCUGAGCAAGGUUGGGGGAGAAGACGAAGAUGGUGAGGGG